UUUAGCGGCUGUCACGUGAUAACCAGGAAGGGAGCGACCGCUCAGCUCUAAUAGCAGUUGAGUGAAAGUGGGAGAAGGGACGGCUGUCAGCAUGAGAGAGGCGGAGACGGCGCCAGAGACAGCUGGAGGGACAGUGCGAGAGACGUGAAGAGACUGCCCUUCAGAGAGCAGAGCUGGUGCUGAAGAGCUGACACUCACCCACCCAAAGUGAGUCUGCACUCAGAGAGUGGGCUUUGGAGAAAUGUUAUGUAGAAGCUGCCAGCGCAGUGCAAAGAUUGACAGACUGGACCCAAACAUGAGUACAUUCACUCACACAGCCAGCACACAGGUGUAGGAGAUACACCCAGAUACCAGCAUUGACACAGAGACUGCUUGCUCAACCAGGAGGCACUGACUGGAGGCAGACAUGGUGAAUUCUGGAGACAAAGGCUUCAAGAGAGAGAGAGUUAUACACUGAGCCACAGCUUGGAUCCUGAGAUACAGCUCUGCUCCAGGCAAGGGUGGACCUAGAAACACAGCUCUGCUCCAGGCAAGGUUGGGUCCAGAAACACAGCUUUGGUCCAAACAAGGUUGGACCCAGAAACACAGCUUUGGUCCACACAAGGUUGGACCCAGAAACACAGCUUUGGUCCACACAAGGUUGGACCCAGAAACACAGCUUUGGUCCACACAAGGUUGGACCCAGAAACACAGAUUUGGUCCAAACAAGGUUGGGUCCAGAAACACAGCUUUGGUCCACACAAGGUUGGACCCAGAAACACAGCUUUGGUCCACACAAGGUUGGACCCUGGUCCACACAAGGUUGGACCCAGAAACACCGAUCUAACAAGGUUAGAUCUAGAGACUCAGCAAGGGGUUAAAUACACAGGCACCUCCUGAAAGAAGAGUGAGAGCAGAGGGACUUGUAUCUAGAAACAUAUUUUGGAGGUGAGGAGGUGACCUUAUGAGACUUAAACCCCAAGGUAUACCUUGCAGACAUCACUUUCAAUAAUAGCUGGAGGGAGUGUAGAUGGGGUGCUGGCCACCUUUGUGACAUUAAUUUAAGAGCACUGCACAAUGCAGAGCUUCCCAUGGUUCAUUUUCUUGGGCUGUGUGCUGUCCACCACGUUAACACAAGCCAUUCCAGAAAACCACAACGAGUCUGAACAGCGUGCAGAUUCCAUCACUGACAUUCCUGCCGUUAAUCAAGGAUUGGGAUUAUCUUUUCUCUCUGUCACACCUCCCAAUCCCAGCACGUGGUCCUCUUCCCUGCCCCUUCCCACUCAUAAAUCUGCAGGAAUUUUACAGAUUGGAGAUGGUUGUUGCUUACAGUAUGAUUUUCCAGAACACAGCAGAGGUGUGAUUGUGAUCAGUGCUGGAUCGGCUGCUCACAGUGCAACCCUCACCGUCCUGUCCCUGGAUACAUCCGUACUUGAGAUCUUGAACGUGAGCCGUAGCGCUGAGGGAUUGCCAGGGAAAUUCCUGGCACAAAUCAAGUCUGGCAUGGCCGGUAUGGCACCCCUUGUCCUGCGACUGCAACAGCAAGGAUCAGUGAUUGAUGAAAGAGGGGACUUUUCCAUACAUGUGGUUCCCCGCGAAGCACCAGAAUAUACAGGGUCUACAGCAAGUCACUUCUCUGAAAGUCCCCUCCUCUAUGCACUGCUGCCUCUACUCUUUAUUAACAAAUGUGCCUUUGGAUGCAAAGUGGAUCUGGAAGUGUUGAAGGGUCUAAUGGGUCGGCCGCACCCAGUGCUACUGGGAAUUUUGGGUCAGUUUGUGUUGAUGCCACUAUACGCAUACCUCCUGUCCUUGCUUCUCGGCCUCUCUCAGCCACUAGCAUUAGGACUGGUGGUUACCUGCUCUUCUCCUGGUGGUGGCGGGGGCUAUCUUUACAGCCUUUUGUUGGGUGGUGAUGUUACCCUAGCUAUAUCAAUGACCCUGGUUUCUACAGUAGCUGCAGUAGGCCUGAUGCCACUUUCUUCCUCUCUCUAUGGACAUUUUCUUGGAGUCCAUCAGACAUUACACAUACCCUUCUUUAAGAUCCUGGCCACACUGCUUUUCAUAGCCGUGCCGAUCUCUACAGGCAUGGUAAUUAAAUGGAAAUUUCCCCAGGUGUCACGGCUUCUGCUGCUCCUCAUUAAGCCAUUUAGUGUUUUACUGAUGGUGGGUGGACUAGUCAUGGCCUACCAGAUGGGAUCUUCUCUACUAAGCCAGGUGCCCACUACCCUGGUGGUAGCUGGACUAAGUGUACCUCUCGUGGGAUUGAAUGCAGGCUACCUACUUGCAUCUUGUCUAAAGCUUCCCAUUGCCCAUCGUCGAACAGUCAGCAUAGAGGUUGGGGUACAGAAUAGCUUGUUGGCCCUUGCAGUCCUGCAACUUUCUUUUCAACGUGCUGAGGCUGACCUGUCUUCUCAGGCUCCAUUCCUGGUGGCACUAAGUGGGACAUCCGAGAUGUUAUUGUUGGUCCUGUUACAUAUAAGCUACAAAAAGCUCAAAGACUAUCUCUGAGGAGGAUACUGAGUAUUUACGAUAUAAAUUAUGCCAUCCUGCUUAAAAAAUAACAGAAGUUUACAUGUAUUAAUUCCCGGCCUCGUGCACUUUUUGUGUUCUUCUCCUGUGGGGGGUGGCACAAAUUCCUCCAAUUUUGUUAUUGUCCAUUUCAUAAGUUUGCACUUGUACUUUCUUUUUUACAUGCCUAUGUUUGUCUAAUUACUGGGCUUCAAACCCUUGUGCAAUAUUAUGGUAAAGUCAUGUCCUUUUUUUUGCGUCCCCAAUUCAUCUAAUAAUUUAUCAAUGUUGGUCAGGUAGAAAUAGUCCCUUUUUUGCACCCCAGAGCUUAAUGCUAAUGAGUAUCUCCUAUUUAACUUACUCGUGGAAGGUAAAUUCCAGUUCCUUAUAUCUAUUUAAAAGUUUACUAUUAUAUACCAUAAGAAUAAGUUCCCCUCUCAGAUACAUGCUUCGUUUGCCAUUUCAUACACGUUGAUCUAGGCCAAAGCUCUGUGUUCAGUAAGCUUCAUGCACUGAAGGGAAAAACUGUUAUUUUUAUAGGGGUGAUUUUUGUAAUGUUAAGCAGGGUAAUGGUCAGGUAUCUUUUUUUUUUUUUUUGUCAUACAUGUAAAUAAAAUAAUGAAGAGUAA